UCUUGAUAAAUUUUCUUACCUUUUUCCUUUUUAUCAGAGUUUAGUCAUACAGAUUACAGAAACUGGGAUAGUGUUUUACUGAUUUUCAAGAUCGAUCGGUUCUAUUCCAGUGUAUUACUCCUCGGGUUUUCACAAGUUAAGCCGUUAAGGGUAAUUUUGUAUUAACUAAGUGCUCGAUGUCUGAUGAGCGACUGAGCGUGGGCAGAGUUGUUGUGGAGAGACGUCAGCAGCGCUCAUUGUCAGCCAAUAUGCAGUCUAUGCGUACUCUAUCCUAUUGCAGCGUUCCUGGCUCUGUAUCGUGAGCUGUUGAGUGUUGCUUUAUUAUUCACCGAGCUUUAUCCCAUUGCUAUACCAGAACGGCAUGUGAUCUUGCUGCCGUGUUGACCUAAUUAUCUGAGCGAGCGGGAAACCUAGUGUUGCAUUCAGUGAUUGCUGCUCUAGCCUCCGCUGCGUGCUCUCCCUUCGUCUCGCCAGUGGGCCAAUGCCGAGCAAAUCCCACCCCAGCCACAAGGGGGGCUCCAGUCCCUUCGCGCAGAUGCACCUGCGCGAAGUCCCCGCCGCCUCAGUGUCCAGCGAACGCAUGCUGGCCACGCGCGGCAGCAGCGCAACGACGGCCUUCAUGGUGUCCGCGGGCUACGACGGCGUCAGCAGCGGCCACGUGCAGGCCCCCCACGGGGGUCCCCUCAGUCAGGCGCACCAUGGCCACGCGCACGCCUCCCCCGCGCAGCACCACCCCUUCCAGCCCCAGCACGCCCCGCCGCACUCCGGCUUCCAGUACGCCGUGGACGGCUACGGCGUGCUCCAGGGGGGCCCUGGCAGCCACCCCCUGAACCCCAUGCUGCAGCUGGAGCAGCGCGGCGCCCCCCACGACGCCGGCGCCAAGGGCAACGGCUACUACGCGCACUACAGCGACGCGCACGACCACGCCAUCGCCUCCGUGUCCGACAUCGAGGCCGAGAUCAUGAACGCCGCGCCCCUCACCGAGAAGGGCAACAGUCGGGGCGGCAGUCUCAACGGGGAGUCGGACAGCGUGAUGGGCAAGAACCUCAAGGGCACUCCCCUGCGGAGGCCCACGACGGCGCUGCAGCACUCGCCGGCCGUCGGCGCUGACGACAAAUCGCGGCAGGGCGCCGCCAACGGAUGGGACGUCCUGGAAAUAACUGGUGGCGUGAGGAACAUGAGCGCCAAUCUGUGCGCCAUGAGCCACUUGGGCGCGCUGUACAUGGCCAACAACCAGAUCUCCCGCAUUCCGCCCAACAUCGUCAACCUCAAGAAUCUGACCAUUCUCGAUCUCUCCGGCAACCGUCUGAGAAUCAUUCCGCCCGAGCUGGGCCUCCUCAUGCAGCUGCGCCACCUGUACCUGCAGCAGAACUUCCUGCGGACGCUGCCCUUCGAACUGGGACGCCUGUACAAACUCAGCACACUUGCGCUGGAUGGGAAUCCGCUGAUGAACGAGAUCUUCGAGGUGUACAACAACUACGGCGUGGAGAAGUUCCUGGCCUUCCUCCUCGACCAGCUGAUGGACUCGCCCCCUCCGCCGCACCGCACGCGCGUCCCGGUCUUCCAGCCGCUGGCCGGGCCGGCGGUGGCGCCGCUGUCGCGCAUCCCCGUCUCCGUCGUGUGCUACAACGUCCUCUGCGGGCAGUACUGCUCGCGGGCGCAGUACGGCUACUGCCCCACCUGGGCCCUCGACUGGGACUACCGCCGCAAGGGCAUCAUGGCCGAGAUCCGCAAGCACCAGGCCGACCUGCUCUGUCUGCAGGAGGUCGAGACCGAGCAGUACUACUCCUUCUUCGUCCCGGAGCUGCGCACCGACGGCUUCGAGGGCUGCUUCGUGCCCAAGUCGCGCAGCAAGACCAUGCACGGCCUGGAGCGCAGCCACGUCGACGGCUGCGCCAUCUUCUACAACGUCAACAAGUUCGAGUUCGUCGAGGAGUACGCGGUGGAGUUCUCGCACCUGGCCAUGUCCUACGCGCACAGCGACGGCUGCGUCACGGAAGCGUCGGAGAACAUGCUGAACCGAGUGAUGCCCAAGGACAACGUCGGCCUGGUGGCGCUGCUGCGCUUCCACCCGACCGUGCUGCCCGCCCAGUUCGGCCGGCAGCCCUACCUGCUGGUCGUCAACGCGCACAUGCACUGGGACCCCGAGUACUCGGACGUCAAGCUCAUCCAGGCCAUCAUGCUGUCGUCGCGCCUGCGCGACAUCGCCAACGACAUCUCGGUGCGCUACUACGGCUGCAGCACGCCCGACCCGCAGGCCGUGCCCAUCGUCUUCACCGGCGACAUGAACUCGCUGCAGGACUCUGGGGUCUACGAGUUCUUCAUGAAGGGCCGCGUGCCCUACGCGCACAAGGACUUCCGCGGCAUCCGCUACAAGCAGUGCAUCGCGCGCUACUCGGCGGCCGACAAGGAGAAGGAGUACCUGUCGCACGGCCUGGUGCUGGGCGACGCCUACGCCACGGUGCAGCUCAACUACACCAACUACACGCUGGACUUCAAGGGCGUCAUCGACUACGUCAUGUACAGCAAGAACCACUUCAACUGCCUGAACGUGCUGCGCCCGCUGGACAAGGAGUGGCUGGAGAGCAACCGCAUCGUCGGCUUCCCGCACCCCCACAUCCCCUCCGACCACAUCCCGCUCUUCGCCGAGUUCGAGCUCUUCGGCCAGUCCGUGCUGGAGGUGGAGCGCGUGCCGGCCGUGGUCAUGGGCGGCGACUACGCGGAGGCCGAGUACGCGGAGGCCCCGGCGGAGAGCAGCUACCAGAAGCGCUCCGGCUUCUGAGCGGCACUCACUGUCAUUCAUCCCGUCAUCCAUCUCCUGUCGCAGCUCAGUCGUGAUGGCUGCGGCGCCCGGCCACCUGCGCGCCGCAGCGGAUUGAUUCUGUGGAUUCUCAUUGGACUAGUAUUACACUAUUCUGUUCGUCGGCCAGUUGACCUGUCGCGCAUCCGGCUCAUCUCUUGUGGCGCCCCUUCAUUCCCGCCGGCCCCGCCCCGCCCCUCUCCGGGAAUGGCCGACCGGGGCGUCUCUCAAUAUAUUGCUUUUUGUUUUCGCCGGUAUUUGCAGUUCUCUUCUUUGCAGUUUUUGUCUGUCGUUUGAAGCCUGCGCGUUUCCGCACAGCAUGUGGGUGCAGAAACGAAUGAAGUGCAAUGCUAGUGUGCAACUGUAAUUAAUUUUGUGUAGGGCGCUCUGUGUUGGCGUUGUGGCCUGAGCGCCCGCUAAUGAAUGCCCGCGCGUGGGCGGUUUAAUCUUCAUUCGAUUGGGUCUCGUCUGUUGAGUUUUUGCGUACUGUACUACUCUUGUUACAGCCACGCUAAUUUUUUGUUAUGGCUUUUAUUUUCUUCCUCGCUGACUUGCCGUUGCCCGCCUGUAUCAUCAUUCAUACGAACUACAAUAAUUAUCUAAUAAAUUUGACCAGUUU